ACCACUCGUACGUCAGCUUGCAGGCACCGCAAAUGGACCCCAACUGGACUCAAAGACAAUGACUACAGUACAUCGAAUGCCAUUAUAUAAAGCACAAGUUCUUCAUCUAUGAGGAAUUAUAAACUCAGCUUCAAUCUCCAGCUUCACUCUCCAUCUUCAAUCUUAUCUGUCAAGAAUUUCAAUUCUUCCUCAAUCACAAAAUCCAUCUACAACAUAACCGAAUAGGCAUACCUCACAAUGGCUUCCAGUGUAACAGCCGCUAGUACUGCAGACAGAUCCAAGCCUUUUAUACCAUUGGCUGGAUUGGCUACCGACGGCUGGUCGAAUGAGAACGAAGCAACCGCUACAUGCUUUUGUGGCGCCGUGCAAAUGGCAUUCCCUCUCAAAGCCCCAGGCUAUGUCGGUAGUUUCAUUUGCAACUGCUACGACUGCCACAAGAUAACUGCCUCAAUGUUCGCAUCCAACUUCAUCACUCUCGAGUCGCACACCAGAUACAUUCGUGGCAAGGACAACAUCACCAUCUUCAAGCAAGACAAAACCAUGUUUCGUCACGGAAAUUCGAUGGCCAAUCACUUCUGUAAGUCGUGCGGUACGCUCUUGUACCGAGUCGGUUCGGCUUGGCCAGGACAGUAUAUCAUGCGAAUUGGAACUGUAGAUGAUUUCAAUCUGCACGAUACUGUGUUGAAGCCACAGCAAGAAUUGUUCAUCAAGGAUCGUGUGUCCUGGUUGCAUGGAAUGGAUGGUGAGAAGGGAGUUCAACAGUUGCAGAGAAUGGUUGAUUAGUUGGCUGAUUGAGGUGACUGGGAAAUGGUACGGAGUUUUACAUUAAGGGGAGAUAGCGCGGAUUUAAGACUGGGAUGGUUGGGGAUGAUGCGGGCAACAUAUGUUGAGGUGCUUUGGAGUUGAUGGAGGCUGUCCACGUGACUAAUGGAUUUCUUUGAGCAAGAUUCGCAAAAAGCGUGUAAAGCUCUGUUUACGAUGGACUAUCAUAAAAUGUCUUUGCAAGAUUCUUAAAUUUGUAUUCAAUUCCGGCUUCUGCAACAGUCCAUGGAUCCUCUAUCUAAAUCAAAUGGUGCGCAAGCGCGCUUCGCUCCUUCCACGUUCU